AUGUCGUACGAUCCGAGAGAGCACUUUCAACAGAUACAGAGGACGCUGCAGCAGCGUCGCGGCCAAGGCUUCGGAGGUGUUCCCGGCGGCGGUGGUGCGGGCCGAGGUCUGGUUGCCUUGAUCGGUUUGGGUGUUGCUGGAGUCGUCUUGUCCAAUUCAAUAUUCAACGGUAGAUAUGCUCCGAGGGACUCUUUGACGGUGGUCACCGCGCGAUCAAGUACACCAGAUUAUCUGGAGUGUCAAAAGAAAUCUACAACGAAGGCAAGUCGACAUCGCGGGUGCAAGGCGGUCACUAACAGAAUUCCAGGCACACAUCUACGGAUACCCUGGUUUGAAACACCUAUUGAUUACGAUGUACGAGCGAAGCCGAGAAACGUCGCAUCCUUGACUGGAACGAAGGAUCUUCAGAUGGUCAACAUCACCUGCCGUGUACUGUCCAGGCCUCGAGUCGAAGCACUGCCUCAAAUCUACCGUACCCUGGGCACUGAUUAUGACGAACGGGUACUGCCGUCAAUUGUCAACGAGGUUCUCAAAAGCGUAGUUGCGCAGUUCAACGCGAGCCAAUUGAUCACACAGCGAGAAAAUGUUGCCAGACUGGUCCGAGACAAUCUCACGAAACGAGCUGCGAGAUUCAAUAUUAUGCUUGAUGAUGUCUCGCUGACACACCUAUCAUUCUCUCCCGAAUUCACUGCUGCCGUCGAGGCCAAGCAAGUUGCACAACAAGAGGCUCAGAGAGCAGCUUUUAUUGUUGACAAGGCGAGGCAAGAGAAGCAGGCUACCGUCGUUCGGGCGCAGGGUGAAGCCAGAUCGGCCGAACUGAUCGGUGACGCCAUCAAGAAGAGCAGAAGCUAUGUUGAAUUGAGACAAAUAGAGAAUGCCCGCAACAUUGCAAGUAUUCUCCAAGAAGCCGGAGGCAAGAAUAAGCUAUAUCUCGAUGCUCAAGGUCUUGGCCUCAAUGUCCAUGCUGGUGAGGACAGCACCUCGAAGAAGUAG